ACGGCCUGGACUUCCAGCGUCUUUUGGACGCCAGCGAUUACAAGGAGCUGUAUCGGGAAGACAUGAUCCGCUGGGGCGAAGAACGACGCCAAAGCGAUCCCGGUUUCUUUUGCCGCAUUGUGGUGGAGGGCCUGACGCAACCCAUCUGGAUUGUGUGUGACACCCGCCGAUCCUCGGAUGUGGAGUGGUUUCGAGACGUGUACGGGGACCUGGUGCAAGUCGUGAGGGUGAUCGCCACGGAGGAGACGCGGCGAAGACGGAAAUGGGUGUUUGUGGCAGGAAUUGACGACGCGGAAUCCGAGUGCGGGUUAGACCAAGGCGUCCCUUUUGACUGGGUCAUCACCAACGAUGGAGAUGAACUGUCCUUAGAGGCUGAGCUGGAGAAGCUGCUCCUGUUUGUCCAGACCAAACUUUAGGAAGGGCUGGGUUUUCCCGGUCUCUGCUCUGCCGCUCUUUUGGGGAGGGG